AUUUUUCUUUCCUUUUUCUCCCUCUCCCUCUUUCUCCACAUCUCUAUUUCUGCCUCUAGUUGACAAAACAUUUCAUUGAUUUUAUAUGGCUCUCCUCGUUCUCCCUUUUUUUAGGAAAAAAAAAAUUAUAGCCAGAAUAUUUCAGGCUCCAAAGUUGAAAUUGUAUAUUAUUCUUUUCAACUGUUUCUAGUCCAUGCCUUAGAACAAAGCAGAAUGGAACCCCAGAAGAAAAUAACACCUCACAAUUAACUCAAAGAAUAAUAUCACUACUCAUCUUGCAAUUUUAAAAAAACACAUGUUUCCUAAUGUAUGUGUAUCCUUGGGGAUGUAUAAUACCAGGGUCUGUGACAUUAAGAAAUAGAAAAUUCUAAAGGUGUCUGCCUUCCCACUAACUGAUUUUAUUGAAAGGUAGUGGUGCUACACCAUGGCCCUAGAAUACAAAUCCAGCUUUGAGUCUCCUGUCAAUGGUUUGGACCACCUAUUGCCCUAAAACGUUGCUACUCUCAUGUCAUUCCCUCUCAUUUCUCAUGUUUUUUAGCUCCUGCCUCAUUCUCACUUCUCUUUUGUCUUACCUCUCAGUGAUUUCAAUAUACACAUAGACUAUCCUUCCCACCCUGGCCUGUUGGCUCAUUGACCUCCUCCCCUGCAAUGACCUUAUCCUCUGUCUGCCUCAUUAGAGACCACCUUGGAUUCAUUAAUAGGAUUCUGACUAAUCCCUUGCAGGUCAUUCUCAAACCACUAUCUCUCAGCCCUCUAGCUUAUUCUCCCUAGGACUUGACCCCAGGAGACCUUCAGUACCCUGAAUCUUCCAAUUCAUUGAUCAGACCACGUUUUCACUGACCUCAUCCUGUAUGUCUUCUGUUCCUCCAGCUUAAACUCUAAGAUCAAUUAUUAUAAUUAUUCUCUUGCCCUUCUUGUUUCAGCUCUAAAUCCAACUCUGCUUAUUCACACUGCAGCUGUAAGUUGAAUGUGGCUGGAGAAAAAUUCACAGCCAUGCUGAUGGGCCUCAUUUCCAAUUAAUGACUUUAACGUUAUCUGACAAUACUUUAGGUCAUAAUCUAGUCACUCUUCUCUCUAGACAACUAUUUGAUACCUUCUUCUCUGUCCUCAGACUCCCACUGCCUCUUGCCCCAUCCUCAUACUCAUUUGAUCAUCUUGCUUUCUAUUUCACUGAGAACAAUGAAGCAAUCAGAAGAUUUCAUAAAUCUCACUAUCACUUCUACCUGUUUACCAGCAUAUAUACCCUCACACUUUGACUUCCUGCCAGUUACCACUAGUGAACUUGCCAUGCUCCUAAAGCUGACAUCUCCUCCUCCACUUAGGCACUAGAUUCCACCUCCUCUUGUCUAUUCCAGGACAUCCCUCCAAUAAUGCUUCCUUCUGUCUCUUACAUCAUUAGUUUUUGCUCCCUACUGGAUCAUUCACAUCAGCCUGCUUCUUUACACAUGCUUCAUCGCCCAUAUUAAAAACAUGUUCUUUGAUCCAUUUCCCCACCAGCUAUCAUCCCAUUUCUUUGAAACAAAACUUCUCAAAAGAGUUGUAUAUACUCGCUGUUUUCACUUCCUGUUUUCUCUUAAACUUAUUCCAGCCAAGCUAUUAUCCCACCACUCCACUGAAAGUAGCUUGACUACUCUCUUGUCAUGAUCCCAUUUCUUUGUUUCUUUUUGGAGAAAAAUUCCUCAAAAGAGUUGUCAAUAUUCAGUCUCCAAUUUCUUUUCUCCCUUUCCCUUUCAAACGUAUUUCAACCCCCACCACUCCACUGAAAGUGCUCUUUUUGAGUCACCAGUGACUCUUUGUUGUAAAAUCCGACGGUCAAUUCUCAGACCUCAUACUAACUGACCUGUGAGCACCCUGUGACACAGCUGAACAGCUUCCUUUACACAUUUGGCUUCAAGCACAUUGCACUCUCUUGGUUUCCUUCCUACCCUGCUGUUCUCUCUUCAGUCUUCCUUGCUGUUUUUCCUAUUUUUCUUGACCUUAUACUUUUGGAGUCUUCAGGGCCCAGCUUAUCAGGACUCACUAUCUUAGUGUUCUCAUCCAGCCCUUUGGCUUUAAAUUCCAUGCAUGCUGAUUAUCCCAAAAUGUGAAUACCUAUCUCAGACCUCUCCUGAGCUCUGAACUCAUUAUGCCCACUUGGCAUCUCAACUCUGGUGUCCAAUAAUCAUCUCAAACAAUAUGUUAAAAAAGAGAGACAACUCUCAUUUUCCUGCAAAGAUCUUCCUCAUUAUAACCUUCACCAUCUCUGCUUCCAGUAACUCCAUCCUACCAGUUGCUCAUGUCAAAAUCCUUGGAGUCAUCCUUGACUUCUCUCUUUCUCUUAUACCCCAUGCAGGAAGGUGGGGCCUUUAAGAGGUGAUCAGGUCGUUAAGAUGGAUUUAUGUUUUUCUUGCAAGGCUGGAUAACUUCUCAUGGGAAUGGAUUAGUUUUUGAGAGAGUGGGUUGCUAUAAUGCAAGUCAGCCUCUCUUGCCCAUUCUUUCCCAGGUGCUUGCUUGCUCUUCUGCUUUUUUGUCUUGCUACUUCAUAGCACAGCAUAUUAGACUUCUCAGCCUCCAGAAUUGUGAGUUAAAUAAGCUUUUCUUUAUAAAUUACCCAGUCUCAGGUAUUCAGUUACAGCAACAGAAAAUGAACUAAGAGAUCCCAUAGCCAAUUUACUAUGAAAUCAGGCUGACUCUACCAUCAGACUAUAUCCACCAUCCACCUCCAUUGCUACCACCUGGUCCGAGAAACAUCUUUCACCUGGGUUACUGCAGCAGCCUCCUAAAAGAUCCCCCUAAAUCUACCAUUGCCACCAUACAGAUUUUUUUUCACCCAGGAGCCAGAGUGAUUCACGCAAAAUUUAAGUCAGAUUUUGUGUCCUCUGCUCAAAAUCCUGUAGUAAUUUCCCAUUUCACUAAGAAUAAAAGCCAAAUUUCUUACACUAUCAUACAAGACCCUACUUGAUCUAGCGUCCCUCAUUCACUUUGCUCCAGUCAUGCUGGCCUCCUUGUUAUUUCUUGAACAUUCCAGGCAAGCUCCUGUCUUAAGUGCCUCUGCUUAACACUUCUUGUACUGAAAUGCUCUCCUCCAGGAUUUCUACUAGCUGACUCCCUCAACUUCUUUGACUCUUUGCCAAAAUCUCAUAUUUUCAAUGAGGCUUCCUCUGACCACCCUAUUUCAUACUACAAUCUGCUCCCCACUCCCUACCCCCAGGAGUUUCAAUCUCCUUGCUCUAUUGUUUUUUUCCGUAGCACUUAUAACUUUCUAAUGUGCAAUAUUGUUUUCUUGUUAUUAUCUUUCUCCCCUGCUAAAAUGUAAACCCCAGGAGGGAAGAAAUCUUUGGUCUGUUCACUGUUAUAUCCAGAGGGCCUAUAAGAGUACCAGGCACACAGUAGGUACCCAAUAAACAUUUGUCGAAUGUAUAAUAAAUACAAGUAUUUGUUGAAUGUUUAAUAAAUAUAAAAAUGGAUUAUGUGUUCCUUGCAGGUUUGGUAGUAGUUGCCUCAAAAUCAUUUGAAUCUCAUGCUAUUUUUGUGGAAACAUUUUUUUAAGCUACUGAUUCCAUUUGUUUAUUGUCUCUAGGUCUAUUUAGAUUUUCUAUUGCAUUUCAGUCCGUGUUGAUAAGUUAUACAUUUCUAUGAAGCCAUAUAUUUCAUCUAAGUUUGAAAAUGUAUUGGCAUAAAGAUGUCUAACAUUCUGUCUUAUAUUUAUUUAAACCAUCAAUGUGACUAUAAUUUUCUUUCCAAAUAUUGCUUAUUUUCUCUCUCCUUUUAUUAUUAAUCUUUGGUUGAUGCUCUGUAUUGUCUUACAUAAAUUUCUCCUGUUUAUUAUUACUUUUCUCUAUGUCCUUUGGCCUAAUUCUAUUGGUCUUUUAUAUAUUUCUCAAAUUAUUUUUCAUGAUGAGUGAUACAGCACUUGCCAAUAUUUCCAGUUUCCUCCUUCCAGGCUCAAGAAAAGAUUACUCCUCCCUGUGCUAUUAAGUUAGACAAGGCCAACUGACUAGCUGUAGCCAAUGAUUUAUGUCACUUUUGACGGAAACAUUUAAAAACCUAUGCAUAAGGAAAGAAUGGUCUUUUCAAUAAACAGUGCUGGGUCAAUUAGAUAUUCAUAUGGAGAAAAACAAAUUGUGACCCCACUCAUAAAAAUCAAUUCCAGAUGGAUGGCAUAUAUAAAUUUGAACAAUCUUGGUGAGAUAAGAUUCCUCUUUUUUUCUUCUUUUUAAAAAGAGAUGGGGUCUUGCUAUGUUGCCCAGGCUGGUCUCCAACUCCUAGGCUCAACUGAUCCUCCUGUCUACGCCUCUCAAAAUGCUAGGAUUACAGGCGUCAGGCACUGUGCCCAGGUAAGAGAUAAGAUUUCUUAAACAGAGCAGAAAAACACUAAGGUGAAGGGGGAAAUGACAAAUCGGCACAUAUUAAGAUGAAAAACUUUUGUUCUUCAAAAGGUACCAUUAAGAUGGUGAAAAAGUAGGCCAGGUGCGGUUGCUCAUGCCUGUAAUCCCAGCACUUUGGGAGGCCAAGGUGGGUGGAUCACCUGAGGCCAGGAGUUCAAGACCAGCCUGGCCAACAUGGCAAAACCAUGUCUUGACUAAAAAUACAAAACAAAACAAACAAACCAAAAAACCGGGCAUGGUGGUGGGCACCUGUAAUCCCGGCUACUUGGGAGGCUGAAGCAGGAGAAUCGCUUGAACUUGGGAGGCGGCAGCUUCAGUGAGCUGAGAUCGCGCCAUUGUACUCCAGCCUGGGCGAGAGCGAAACUCUGAGUCCAAAAAAGAAAAAGUAACCCCACAGAGUGGGAGGAAAUAUUUGUAAUACCUAAUACUGGAAGAAUGACUAGUAUCUAGCAUGUACAAAGGCUUCCUACAAAUCCAUAUGAAAAAGAAUGUCUGCCCAGUAGAGAAACAGGGAGAAGCCUCGGAUACUGCACAAGAGAGAAUAUCCUAGUGGCCAACAAACACAUGAGAAGGUUCUCAGCUGAUUAGACUUUGGCUAAAUGCAAAUUAAAACCACCAUGUAAUAUCACUACUCAUCCAGCACGAUGGCUAAAAUAACAAAGACGUAAGGACACCACCACAGACUCACGAGACUGAGGGGUGGGUGUCGCGAGACUGAGGGGUGGGUGUCGCGAGACUGAAAAGUGGGCGGCGCAAAUGGUCGAGGUGUUUACUCGCCAUUUUGUGUGAGGAACCUACCACUGGCCUGGCCUCUACCCACUGCUGCCCUGGCCGCUACCAACAUGAGCCUCCCGGAGAGUCCUCACAGCCCCGCUACUCUCGACCAUGCCCCGGAAGACCCGCACCAGGGCCAGAGGUCCCGAGAAAAGAGCAAGGCGACACAGGUAAUGGCAGAUAUGUUUGAUGGCCGCUUGGAGCCAGUCGUGUUCCCACCGCCUCGGCUUCCAGAGGAGGGGGUCGCGCCCCAGGAUCCCGCAGAUAGUGGCCAUACUUUCCACAUCUUGGUCGAUGCGGGUCGCAGUCAUGGAGCCAUCAAAGCGGGGCAGGAAGUGACUCCACCACCCGCGGAGGGCUUAGAAGCAGCCUCUGACUCGCUGACAACUGACUGCAGCCUCAAAAAUGGCUUUCCGGGUGAAGAGACGCGCGGCCUAGGUGGGGAGAAGGCCCUAGAAACCUGUGGUGCAGGGAGGUCGGAGUCUGAAGUGAUUGCAGAGGGGAAGGCCGAGGACGUGAAGCCUGAGGAGUGUGCCAUGCUCUCAGCCCCAGUGGAUGAGAAGCCAAGAGGGGAAGAAAUGGACGUGGCGGAAGAAAACAGAGCAAUAGAUGAGGUAAACAGGGGGGCAGGGCCUGGGUCCCUGAACGUGGGUCUCCACCUGAACCCCCUGGAGUCCAUCCAGCUGGAACUGGACUCCGUGAAUGCAGAGGCUGACAGGGCCCUCCUGCAGGUGGAGCGCAGGUUUGGGCAGAUUCAUGAAUACUACCUGGAGCAGAGGAAUGACAUUAUUUGCAAUAUCCCGGGCUUCUGGGUCACUGCUUUCCGCCACCACCCGCAGCUGUCUGCCAUGAUUAGAGGCCAAGAUGCCGAGAUGUUAAGCUACUUAACCAAUUUGGAAGUGAAGGAGCUCAGACACCCUAGGACAGGCUGCAAGUUUAAGUUCUUCUUUCAAAGAAACCCUUACUUCAGAAACAAGCUGAUUGUAAAGGUAUAUGAGGUCAGAUCCUUCGGCCAAGUGGUGUCUUUUUCCACUCUAAUCAUGUGGCGCCGGGGCCAUGGACCCCAGUCCUUCAUUCAUAGGAACCGACAUGUCAUCUGCAGCUUCUUCACCUGGUUUUCAGACCACAGCCUUCCGGAGUCCGACAGGAUUGCUCAGAUUAUUAAAGAGGACCUCUGGUCAAAUCCACUGCAGUACUACCUGUUGGGUGAAGACGCCCAUAGAGCUAGACGUCACCCGAUAAGGGAGCCAGUGGAGAUCCCCAGGCCCUUUGGGUUCCAGUCUGGUUAACCUUUGCCUUUGGAAUUACUCCUGCAGAAGGUCCUUUGCCAGUACCAGCUGGACCUGUGCUUGGGCAACAGCAUUAGGUAUGCCAUUUACUUUUUUUGUUCUGACUUUCCUGUACCCUCUGUUUAAAGUUUCGGCGCUCUCAACCUGAAGAUUGAGACCUUGGUGGCUAUGCUGCUCCCUUUCACCUGGUCGUCUUGCUAUUCUGCAUUAACAUCACCUGCUCCCAGCCGAUGGGUCACAUCCUUCUAAGCGAAGCGAAUGAUGCUGUAGGUUACACUGUAUUUACCUUUGUUUGGACUCUGUUUGUUCCCAGGACCUCUGGUCUGGCUCCUCCUACCUGGAUUUCUGGCUAUGAUUAAACACCUAUUCGGCUCACCCUGCUCUGCAUCUGACAGUACAGGUGCAUGGCCUGUGGACAAUUGCUGGGCAUUAAUGAAGUCAAGGGAGAACAGCAGGGGGCAACUUGGUCUGUGUGAAUUAUGGGACUCCAUUACUUUUCCUGAGACUCUGGUCACCUAUUGCUGCCUGCUACUGGCUAUUCCCAAGUACUCCUACUUGGGCAGCUCCGUGCUGAGUGAACAUAUCCCAGACCAUUGCCAGCUCCACUCUCUGGUUUCUAAUAAACAGGGAUCUCCAGAACACUCGUGGUGGACACAGCUUUCCUGUCAGCACACAAAAGACCUGUUCCUCUUCCAAAAGACCUCUCUUUACCACCACCACCCUCAUCACUCAGAAACCCUACUGUUAGACAAGUGGUUGAGGAGACAUGUCAGACCGUAUCCUCAUGGCAAGGUUAAUAUGUUGGUGUUCUUGGCAAGUACCAGGCUUUCUCAGCCACAACCAGUGGAUUCAUUCAAAAUCUAGGUACCUUUAUUUGCCUCCCUUCCUGAACCUAAUGAAGUGCCAGAGUGAGUGUACAUUUUGUUUUCUCUCAUCUCUCAUAAAUCUCUUCUGUCUUCCUUUAAAAAAAAACAAAAGUAGUAGUUCAGAAACAUCUGCAGAAGCAGGCUUUUUAGUUUCUUGGCUCUCUUUGUAAUGUGCAGAGGCAGGCUGUUCUGUAAAAUAGACUGCCAGACCUCUUAUUGCGCAGUCUCCUUUCUUCUCAGCCCCUCACCCCUCUUUAGCAAUUCCUAGAGGGUUUAAAGGAAUACAAGCUGUAUGGAAGGAAAGGUGAUUUCUAGUUCAGAGUGGAUAGAAGAACUAAAGAGAUUGUGAUGGGUGCUCUAGGCAGGGAAAACUGAACAAAAAGGCAGAAAUGAUUCAGGGGAAAAUUGGGCCUAGAAUUAACACUGGGUUGAGUAGUUAUGAUGGGAAGAAAAAUACUUUUUUUUAGUAUGCCCAUGGAAGAAUAGAAGAUGGUUGGAGUGUUAAAUAUGUUCCCUAGAGAAGGGUUCUUUGAAGAAACACUGCAAUUUUGGGUGUUAUCUUUCUUGUUGUUUGCAUGUGGCCUUACUUAUGUGGAAGAUUAGUACUGUGUUAUAAUAUUUUCUCUUUCUGUUUACUGGGAAGAUUCAGCUGUACAGAUUUUCUUUUACUUUCAAAUAGAAACAUUUGGAAUAAUAUCAGUCUUUCUUUUUUGUACAUUAUGUGGAUAUGGAUAUUCAUGAGUUUUCAGCCUGAUCUUGUUUCUGUUAAAACCAUAUCUUUAACAUUUUAAUUUGAAUAACUUGGUCUUAUCUGAUGCUGAAGACUGGAAACUGUUGUGUUCAUGGAUAAAUAAAUUACAAAAAAUUUA